UAUAUUCGUACUUCCAAAAGUUACAACGCGGUCGCACAUCUGGUAUGUACUAUGUAGAUACUAGAGCCCCGCGACGUCACCGACAGAAUGUAUCCAAGACAAUGCCAACUUCUAUGUCAACUUCUCAUAAUUAAGAGAAAGUAAUAAGAUAUAACAUAGGUCUACCCUUAUCUAGAUCUGCACACUUUACUUUGUAGUAAAUGGAACCUCGGCCAAAUCCGGAUGAGCCGGAUGGGAUUCCCCCCAAUUUGGAGGACCAUCAUCAACAUGACAGUCUCAAAUACCAUCUUCUAGGCCCCUCUCUCACCAAAGCCGGUCAAGACUCUGUAGACCAGUCCAAGGUUUCCGAGGUCAUAUAUAACGCCUCCAAGGGGUCUAAAUUCUUCAACCGUGAAGAAGUCAAAGACAAGAUCUUGACUCAAAAGAUUGAACAGAUCUUGGAAAAGAAGCGGCGUCUUGAAAAGCUCGAUUUGACUCGCGAACUUCGUGCCGCCGACCAGUUCAUAGCCCAGCUUGAUGCAUCCCGCGACUUAACUCAGUAUAUAGUCCACGUCGAUUGUGAUGCCUUUUACGCAGCUGUCGAAUUACUAGACCGCCCAGAGCUCAAGGACGUCCCCUUCGCUGUUGGUGGCGGCGUGCUGACUACAUGCAACUACCUUGCACGCAAAUAUGGCUGCCGAAGUGGCAUGGCCGGCUUUGUCGCAAAGAAACUUUGCCCCCAGCUACUUCUCCUUCCUCUUAAUUCUGACAAGUAUACCUCAAAAGCCCAAGAGGUACGCCAGGUCUUGGCCCAAUAUGAUCCCAGGUUCCAAAGCGCUAGCAUCGAUGAGGCAUAUCUCAACAUCACCGAAUACUGCUGCGAGAAUCGUAUGGAGCCCCAAGACGUUGUCCAACAGAUGCGAGAUGAAAUCCAUGAGCGCACUAGAAUCACCGUAUCCGCCGGCAUUGCCGCGAACGCGAAGCUUGCUAAAAUAUGUUCAAAUAUGAACAAGCCCAACGGCCAAUAUGUCCUCCUUAAUGAUCGCAACGUCAUCAUGUCAUUCAUGCGAUCAUUACCAACUAGGAAAGUUAAUGGGAUUGGCCGAGUGCUGGAGCGCGAGCUACAGGAGAUAGGCGUCAAAACCUGCGGUGAUAUCUUCCCUCAUCGCCAACUCUUACGUCAACUUUUUGGUGAAAAGACAUACGAAUUUCUCAUUAUGUGCUACCUAGGCCUUGGUAGAACAGAAGUACAGCCUGCUGAGGAGUACGAACGGAAAAGUGUCGGUACCGAAAGCACAUUUCGUGAAAUGUCAGACUCAAAAGAGCUAAGGGCAAAGUUGCGAUGGACUGCUGAAGAGCUGGAGAAGGACAUGCGAAAAGCUGAAUGCAAAGGCCGAACCCUGGUUCUCAAGGUGAAGCUGCAUACGUACGAAGUCUUGACAAGGCAGACUGUGACACCAAGGGCUGUGUCUGCCGCAGAUGAUUUAUACAAUUUCUCCUUGCCUAUCUUGACAAAGUUGGAACUGGAGAUACCGGGCAUGAAACUGCGCCUGAUGGGUCUUCGAUGCACCAAUCUAAUCAGCACCAAGAAGCCUAAUGCUCGUGCUUUUUUUAGGCUAAGACCUCUAAGGGUAGAGACUGGUAGCAAUGCGUCGGAAAGAUCGAGUAGUCGAGAGACAGUGGAGGCCGUUCGGGAAGGGAGUAUUUCACCGAGAGAGUUAGAGUAUUCGACUUACGACAAUAAUAGCCAUUCUGACCUUGAUGACGCCAAUAUAGAUGGUCAUCAAGCCUUGGACAGAGAUAGUAACUAUCAUCAUCACGGCAAGGACGUUGCCCCUAACCCCAAGAGAGCAUUAACUGAGGAGACGGAGGAAUGGUGGGAUUGUCCAAUAUGUAGUCGACCCCAGCAACCAGACGAGCGCUCAUUCAACGAGCACAUUGAUUUGUGCCUUUCGAGACAGACUAUCCGCGACACAGUCCAACAAAAUUCCAUGGAUAAGCCAACCCCCACAACCCAUAGGCCGCCUGCUAAGAGGUUGAAGCACAUGGGUGAGACGAAACGAGGCAAGACUACCGCCUCUGCCGAUCCGAGACAGAAGAAGCUCUUCUUCGGCUAACAUUAGAGGUUGGGUCACCCAGAUCGCACUCGUGUUUGAGCAAUUGGCCAGGCUACGUGAGAUUAUUGAUAUAAGAAUAUAGA